AAAUAAGCUCGGACUGUUCCCUUGUUGCUGUUGGAAAAUACCAUUCACACAUUUCGUGUUUGUUUUGUUGCGGUACCGGCUCUUUCAACAUAAUUGAAAACUCUGACGACCUCAACACAUUUUGACGAUAAUACAUAAUCAAGCUGUAAAGGUUGUCAAACAAAACAUUUUCGAACAGCUUCUUCCCUUCCACCAGAUAAUUUACCGUGAAACCAAUUUUCUCCAAAAUGCAAUUCAUCGUUUGUUGCCGGCUCUUUAGAACGAGCUAAACUUUCAACUUCUUCAUCACGAACGUCAUCGCGAUCAAGCCUUCAAAAAUAUUCAGAACAAAAUACUUCAGUCGAUAAGAAAUCGGAGGAAUGCGAACACACUUACUUGUAGCUAUCGGUGUAAAAGAUCUUAUUGUGCGGUGUCAACGCGAAGAAAUGUGGAUUCCAAACCUUAUCAACUGGAUCUUCAAGAUAAAGAAUUCCACUCUUAACGGUAUUUCUAAUGUCAAGUUCAUUUUCGUCUUGUCUCAUGAGAUUGUUAUUCGAUGUGCCAUUGCUAUCAUCAACAAAGAAUGCAUUGUGACUAGAUCCUUCACAAUAAACAAGCUUUUUAUGCUUCAAAAUGAUUUUUCUUUUAAGUGCAUGCGGUGAUGGUAAUUUGGUCUCGUUUUUCUCAAGUGGUUGUGUCAACAACAUAUCACCAAACACUUCAAUCAUUAAUUGUGCCAUUUUACGUUGCUGAACGAGUGAACAAUUUUGUUCAAUUGAUAGAAUUAAA